AUGGCAUUUUGGUGGAAGAAAACUCCAAAAACACCUGGUGAUUAUAUCAAAGUAUUAAACGACCAAUUAAUAAAGCUUGACUCUACAUCGACUUUGGAUAACAAAAGGAAAACUCAAGAUGAAUGUAAUAAGUAUAUAGAAGGAAUAAGACAUAUGCUAUUUGAUGGCAGCACUUCUGGUCAAGAUGUCCAUUUGUUAUAUGUUAAUUUUUUUAAAACAGAAUGUUUGCAUAAUAUUUUAGUACAUUUUAACCAAUUAGGAUUUGAAGCACGCAAAAAUGUAGCCAUAAUAUUUUGUAAUGGCUUGACCAAAUCAAUGGAUAACAAGUUUAUAUACGUAGAUUACCUUAUUACUAAAACAGACCUCAUAUACUUAUUAUUGAAGACUCAAGAGACAGCAUUACUAAAUAGAUCUACUGCAUCUGAAGUGUAUGUUUGUCUUGGUGGUAUUGUUGAUGAAUGCUUGAAAUUUGAACAAUUGGCAAGAAUAAUUUUAAAAGAUCCUAUAGUUUGGAAAUAUUUUGAUAAUUGUUUAUCUGUAUCUUUUGAAAUCAGCACACAAAGCUUCCAAAUACUCAACAGUUUAUUUUUAAACCAUAAAAAACUAGUAGCCACAGAAUAUUUCAAUAUAAAGGCCAAUAUGGAUACAUUUACUGUGAAAAUAAAUAAAUUAUUAGCUCAUGGGAAUUAUGUUACUAAAAGACAGGCAGUGAAAUUAUUAUCCACUUUAAUAUUGAGCAGAGCCAACAAUCAGUUCAUGAUAAAUUACAUCAAUGAAUCCGAUAAUUUGAAAUUGAUUAUGGUUUUAUUGAGUGAUAAAUCCAAAAAUUUGCAGUUAGAAUCUUUUAACGUUUUUAAAGUGUUUGUGGCCAAUCCAAGAAAAUCAAAACAAGUCUCUGAUAUAUUGAUUAAAAAUAGGGAAAAAUUGUUAAAGUUUUUUGAAGGUUUUGGGGAAGAUAAUAGGGAUAGUACUUUUCUUGAUGAAAAGGAAUUUAUAAUACAACAAAUUAAUGAAUUACCAAGGAUAGUUUUAGCAUCAAAAGAAACAUAA